AAUGCUGUCAGUUAACUCAGUGUCGCAACUGUCACUUAUGUUUCAUUUUGCUUUUAGUUAGUAAUGAUAUACACUUAUUAACUCAUUUUAAUUACAAUUUAAUUUGAUUCAAACGUUUAAAAAUCUGAGUGAGUUUCUUAGACAUUGUUUGCCUUCGUUUAACCGUUUUUCCGUCAGUAAUAGUGACUCAACAGGUGCAAUAUGACAGGAAGAUUAGCAGGGCAGACUAUAAACGAUAGACUUUUGGCCGCAAAACACAGCUUAUCUGGUUCAGGUAUAGCAAAAUCAGUAUGCAAAGCAACGACAGAAGAAAUGAUUGGACCAAAGAAAAAGCAUUUAGAUUAUUUAGUUCAUUGCACAAACGAACCGAACGUGUCAAUACCACAAUUAGCAAAUUUGUUGAUAGAAAGAUCACAAAAUGCGAACUGGAUAGUAGUAUACAAAGCAUUAGUUACAGUUCACCACAUGAUGUGUUAUGGAAAUGAAAGAUUCACACAAUAUUUAGCAUCUAGUAACAGCACAUUCCAAUUGAGCAAUUUCUUAGACAAAGGCGGCGUUCAAGGUUAUGAUAUGUCCCCGUUUAUAAGAAAAUAUUCAAGAUAUCUGAACGAAAAGGCACUAGCAUACAGAACGAUUGCUUUUGAUUUUUGUAAAAUAAAAAGGGGAAAAGAUGAUGGUAUGUUGAGAACUAUGAACGCAGAUAAAUUAUUAAAAACACUUCCAACAUUACAAAAUCAACUGGAUGUUUUAUUGGAGUUUGAUUGUUCUGCAAACGAUUUAACAAAUGGUGUCAUUAACAUGAGCUUCAUGUUGCUAUUUAAGGAUUUAAUUCGUUUAUUUGCCUGUUAUAAUGAUGGAAUUAUCAAUUUAUUAGAAAAAUUCUUUGAUAUGAAUAAGAAACAGUGUAAAGAAGCUCUAGAUAUUUACAAGCGGUUUUUAAUUCGAAUGGAUAGAGUAGCAGAAUUUUUAAAAGUAGCUGAGAACGUGGGGAUAGAUAAAGGAGAUAUACCAGAUUUAACAAAAGCCCCGAGCAGUCUCUUGGAUGCUUUGGAACAACAUUUGAAUUAUAUGGAAGGAAAAAAAACAUCAGGUUCCAGUCAAGCAAGUAACGCCAGUAACCAGAAAAACGUGAAAUCGGGAGUAACUGCAUUGUCUUCAACAAGUAAUGCUUUCGGUAAUGUGGCAAAUUCUAAAUUUGGCUCAGCGAAUGGUAUAGACGAACAAUUAAAAUUACAACUACUGGCCGAAGAGGAAGCUGCCAUGAAUCAAUUUAAGACUAAGGUGUCACCGACAGCAGCUAACAAUCCGUUCUUGAACAAAUCUCCUACGUCAUCUACGUCUAAAACAAGUUCUUCUUCGUCUCAGUUCACUAGUACUCCAACAUUUGAUCUAUUCACUGAGGAACCUGCUUCAGUUAAUUCUAAAGCUUCAGAUGAUCUACUGCAACUUUCUAAUCCCUUCUCAGAUGCUUUCGCUCAACCAAUACCACAAAAUUUGAAUGCAUUCUUACCGCCACAACAGAAUAACCUUUGGUUGACCAAUGGAAAUGGAUUUGCUGUAAUGAAUCCGGGACCUAGUUCAACAUUAUCGUCUACUGGUUCAUUUGUAUCAGAAAAUAAUUUUGCUUCAGUAUUUGGAAAUACAGAAUCUAAAGGAACCAACUUUGAUGCCCUAGGUGGUGUGCUCCAACCAUCUAAUUUAGACGGAAAACAGAGUUCAAACAGUACAUCCAACAAUACCGAAAAUAAUAAUCAACCAACGUCUUCGAAUGGAUUACUUACUGGUGAUUUGGAAUCAAGUUUAGCAUCUCUUGCUGAAAAUCUUUCUAUUAACAGCAGAACGACCCCAAAAGGAGUUCAAUGGAAUUCUCCUAAAAUCGGUUCUAAAACCAGUUGGACUCCUCAACCCAUAUCAGAUACUACAGGAGCAGGUUAUAAACCUAUGAAUCAAGCCAUGUCUUCAUCGCCAUUUAAUAAUGCCACAGUUUCGUCACCGCAACCACAGAUGUACCUUCAGCACCCUCAAAUGAUGAGUAUGCGUCCUAUACAAACGAUGCCACAAUUGAAUCCUGCGAUGAGUCAAAUGGGACCACAGUCUCUCCUAUUUCAUUGAUUAUUACAAUAUCUCAUCCACAUCCGUCUAUAAAUAAGAAAUUCCCAGAUGUAUAAAAUUAUUUUUGUUAAAUAUAAUGAAUAUCAAUUAAUAUAUUUAAUAAUAUUAAAAUAUAAUAAAUACAUUGAAUUAGGCUGAUGUUGAGGAGGAACAAGAAGUAAAAAUUAAGUUGGAAUUUCUGGUACCAUCGGUGAUAUUCAUUCUGAACACACUGUAAAUACUACACUGUCUGGUCCUUCUAGCCUGCUGAAAGGUUCGAAGAAUCAAACAGCGUAAUUAUUGUGAUAAUUAAUAGUAUAUAGUGUGUUUAGUAAUAAGCAAAGAAGAAAAUCACAUUUUUGAGAUUUGUUAUUGUUGAAAUACUUUGAAUAUAUUUAUAUUGUCUGCCAUAAAGUUUAACAACUUUAAAAAACAAUUUUGUAGGGUGAUCACUGCGAAUUUAUUAUAAUCGACUGUAAAAUGCUAGAAGUCUAACCUAACCUAGAUUUUAUGACGUUAUGGGAAGAUGAUACCAGGGAGCAUAGCUGAUUACCUCUCUUGUGGUCUUCUAGUGUGGUUGGGCUCUAUUAGUGCUUGUAGUAAAACAUUUGGGCGAUUUUCUAUUCUUUUAUGGUGUUUUAGACUUCGAAUGUUGUCAUCAACAUUCGAAGUUUCACAAAUUGUAUCGUGCAUUGUUUAGAAUUUUCUAUUGGCUUCUUGAUACUACAGCUACAAUUGAUUUGCUUGCUCAUCCCUUUAUAUCUAUUUUGUGUAAAGUAAAAUCUUGUACAUCAACGUUAUGUAUGAAUUAGGAUAUUGAUAUGCGAAUUGAUAUCAAAUUAUUGUUAGACAUUUUUACAAGAAAAAAUAUGUAUUUUAAAAAAAUUUUAUGGCGGAUAAAAUGAUUUGUUCACUUUACAGCCUUGUUAUUUACAGUGCAAUUAUAAUUAAAUUAGUUUUAAGAAAAAUGUUGGCACUAACUCACUAUUUUGUAUGUAUAUGUUGAUUUACACAGUGUGCAAAAAGUUGAUGUUGUAAUUGCACUUUUUUUAGGGUAAGAUUUAGACUUUUUUUCAGAUUAAAAUAAAUGAGGUAUCCCAAUCCAAAGCGGAAUAAUUUUUAUAAAGUAAAACUAUUAAAAUCAAAGAAAUGUUGAAAAAUCGUUAUACCCAUAUUAUAGUGUGUCUCAGAAUUAAUACAGUGAUCGAUGUUCGUUAUUUCGGUCCUCACUGUAUAUUUAUUUAUUUCUUUUUUCAAAUUUGAAUUUUAAAUUCUUGUUUGUGUUAUCAUUUAUACAGGGUUAAUAUUUAUUUUUUUAAUGCAGAAGUUACAAAGUUUUCAAAUCGUCGUUGUUCUGGCAGAAGUUACUAAAUCCAAUGAAACACACAGUAGGACUGUUAAUCUUAAAUUGAAUGGUUAGGUUAGGCCUAUAAAAUUACUGAAAACUGGAAUUUAGUGACUUUUGCCAAAACUUAGACGAAAUAAUAUAAGAUAAAAGUGUAUUUUUAUUUCAACUAUUUUGAAAUCUAAAAAAACUUGCCUUUUAUAUAAAUAUUGAACUAAAAUUUUAAUAUGUCAAUUCCCUGUUUCUCAAUUAAUUACUUUUGCCAUAAUUGUGUGCCAAAAAUUCCAUUUUUACAUCCAAUUUUAAAAUUUUCGUGCAGCUAGUUCAUUUUGAAAAUAUCAUGGUACUUCCUUUUGAAUCUGGCACAUUUUAAUAUCGAAUUAAUGUAAUAGACAAUCAGUAAAUUAAAAAAAAGUUAAAUUAUUUUUUUAUGUCAUUAAAUGACAAAUAUCGGAAUCAGAAUAUAAAAUAAAAUUAAGAAAAAACAUAAGUGUAUCACAAUAAAAACUAUAUUAUUGAAUAAAUGAUUAAAUAAUCGAAAUAUUGUUAAUAAAAAUGUUGAAAUCGGAACCAGUUACAAGUAAGAUGUAAAACACUCGACGUCAGCAGAAAAUGAACCAAAUUAAAAUGUCGAGUUGUCCUAAAUUGUCACUUUCCUCCUUCUAAGAUUCUAAUUUUCAAUUCCCAGCAACUCGGUUAUAUGUUUGUGAGGUAUAAGAUAUUGCUUCUUCUUGUCUCUUUUUCUAAAAUUUUCAAUUCCUCCUUUGACUUUCCAUUUCUUGUACCGUUAGGUUUUCUAACUAAAAUUCUUUUGAAUUUUUCGAGUGUUUCUAAUGAAAGUGUUAAAGUUAGACCAGCAAAAUGACACAUAUCUCGAAGGGAAAUAUGAAUAAUACCAUCAAAUGCCAGAAUUAUAAAGAAAAAUGGAAAAUUGAAAGCAAAGGAACUGUCAAAACUAUAUUAUCAAAUCAACAAGAGAAAGGUCGAUAUGUUCUCGAAACUGGACCACUUAGAAGUAUCCAAAGCUCUAAUAAUAACUUAUCGAGCCUUUGUUGUUAUCAGCCCUUUUUAUCCUUAUACAGCAAUAUGCUACUUUCAGGAUCUCAUUUAUCUAUCUGCUGGUUGGAAUUUACUACAGUUUACAUACAAUUCUUGUCUCGAUGAUAUAUUAAUUGCUUUGAAGCAUUCCAGUUAGGUUAUUCUAGAAAUAAAUCUGCUAAUGUCAAGGUAUUUGAAUAAUGCCAUUGUAACUUUCCAUUUUUUCUGCCCCAAGACUCUGUAAGUAAAAUUUUAUUAGUCUUUCUAUAGGCAAUGGCCAGAGACAAGAAGAAAAUGGAGCUACUUAAAAUAUAAAGCCUUCCUAAGUUGUUAUUAAUUCUUUUACUACUCAGAUUUCAAUAUGUAACUUGAAGUAACUCAUCUAUUGAUCUGCCGGAUGGUAUCUACUCAGGUUUAUAUACAAUUCUUGUCUAGAUGGGCUCUUACUUGCUUUGAAGCAAUCCAGUUAGGUUACUCUAGAAAUAAAUUUGAAAAUUGUCUCUUUAGUCAAACCUAAACAUGAUCAUUGAAUAAUACAUUUUGUAAUCUUCCAUUUUGUCUGCUAUAAGGAUUUGUAAGUAAUAUAUCCUAUAUUGAUCAUUUUAGAGUUAGUAUGUUUCUACUAAAAGUGUUAAAAUUAGAGUAGUGAAAUGAUGAGUAAUAAAUAAAAUAUUGCAAACCCCUAAAUUCAUCUUUCAACUUUGUUCCCUCUUUUUUUCCGCUGCUUUUACAUCCCAUCCGAGGCUCUGAGAAUAACCUUAGAACGUUUACGAAUAUUCUAAAAGUGGUUAUCAAUAAUCUUUUUCUCAUAUUUCAAUAUGUUAUUUUAAGUAUCUCAUUAUCUGCUGGAUGGUAUCUACUCAGGUUUAUCCUUAGGUACACGAGGGCCCGGUAUCGCCAUAAAGACUAGUGGCCACGCGUGACCGAAUUAGACAGAAGCUCACAAUUUCAUCACCUUUAACUUAGUAUUUCGUCCUCGCGUGAAAGUACUACCAGGGGUUUGCAUUAAACUUAUUGUGUAUACAUUUACCUACUGAAAUUUAUGUCUUGCGUCCCUAUGAGUAAUUGAGAUUCUUUCCAGAUAUUUCGAUAUCAGAUUAAUAAAUUUAGUUUCUCAGAUCAUCUUUGAUUUUUCAAUAUUUCCAGUCUUUUACGGAGUCUUGUUCAGUCUCAUUAUUUCCUGUGCGAAAAACCUAGAAUUUUCUCUACUAUGGAGAAUUAGUCCUUGGUACUAUUCUUCACAAUUAUUUCCAUCAAUCUAGGCUUUUGAAAAGACUAAAAAAAGAAAAUUUGGCGUAAUGUUAAAUAGCAGUUAAUAUAAAUGAGCGGUCGGACUGUUGAUAGAAAUUUCACGCGCCUUACGAUUCAUUCUUUAGUCCGACAAGGCAUUUAUCUGUCCUAUGAAUACAGUUCAUUACAACGCAGUUCACCAUCUUUCAGUAAUUCUUUAAAUGAAUUCAAAGACAAUGUUAUGGUGAUCACCCUGGUUUGUUUACAAAAAACACAUCAACAAUAUGGCCAACGCCAAGUUGUCUUAUAUGACCGCUAGAUGGCGCUUGCGUUACAGGAAGGCAAAAAAUGCAACCCGCAUGACUCGUGAACCCCAAGAAUACACAAUUCUUGUCUCUAAUGUCUAUUACAUGCUUUGAAGCAAUUCAGUUAGAUUACUCUAGAACAGUGGUCCCCAAACUUUUGAGUUAGUGAGCCAUUCUAGCAUUUAUAAACCUUUUAGUGAGCUACCCAGGAAUAUUGGGCCAAAGAAAGUACACAAAAUGGAAUUUAAUCCAGUUUAUUACAAACGAACAUUUAUUUCUAGUAUUAAUCAAAAUAUAUAGGAAGUGUAACAAAACAAGUUUAAAUGUUCAUUUCAAUGAAAGGAGUGGAACUCUUUUUGGCCAUCAAGUAUUUUCUUGAAGUUUGGAGAGUAUGUUGAGUUGAAUUUUAUUGGUGGACACUUUCUUUAUGUCGUCACCCGUCGAAUAAUCUAUGAAGCCAAAUUGCUUUUGAUCUGCUUUGCGUGAAAACCAGGCAUUUUGUAGGUCAAUUAUUGCAUGUAGGAGCCCUUCAUUUCCUUUUAUUAUUGAUGCUUCCGUGAAAUCCAUAUUUAGGAAUUCGUCAAUGGCUUCUUUGUCAGUGUCGGUACUGAGGGUUAUUGGGUCACAAAAAGGUAUUGGGGUCAACUUUCUUUUCCAUUCCACUGUUGAUUUUGAGUGGGUCUUUUAAGUAUUCGAAUAGCUUUUCCUUGCUUAUAUCUUCUAUCUUGAAACCUUCUGUAGGGCACUGUUCUUCUAUUGAUUCCUCUGAUAGGUGGUCUAUUAUCUUUUGCAUUGACUCAACACAUGUUUUUAUGGUAGGAGGCUCAAAUAUUAGUUCGUUGUCCAAAUGUUCAUCACUCAGUUUAUUUCUAUAUUUGUUUUUUAUGAAUUUCAUACUUCAACAUACUACACAAGUAUAGUAGAAUCCGGAUAUAACGACCUUCAAGGGACCGGCGAUAUUGUCGUACUAACCGGAUGACGUAUAAAACGGAUAUUUACAUAUGUAUGUAUUAUAAGUGCGAAAGUUUGAUUUUCCUAUUUAGGUAAAUAAAACAUGUUGUAGGAAUCAGUUACAUAUGUUUAUUUUAAUUAUUCUUAUAUGUAUACAAAUAAGUAGUACAUACCAAAUUACAAACAUAGGUACGUAAUGUACUGUAAUACUGUCACUAACGUAGGAAAUCUGUUAUUUGGGUUUCUUUUUGACAGACUUUUGUUCGGUAGUAAGAACUUCGGACAGCAUUGUGAAUUCGUGACAUCAUUGUUUUCAUAUGGUCAUCAUCAAAGUUAGUCUGAAAAAAUACAUUAAGCGUUUCCGCAGCCUUCAGAGCUUCAGAUAUACUCAAGGUUGGAUAAAACUCUGGUUCGUCAUCAUCACCGUCGCUAUCUUUGCUAUUCGCGUCGUCGGCCAUGAUAUUAUCCACAAUGUUUUCAUUAGACGUCUCUUCACAAGUGGCGACAGCAUCAUCGACACGCGCGUAUUGUUAAAAGUCCUCGUUUGUUAUAGGUAACUGAUGCUUAUCAAUAGCCUUCGCCCAAAUGCUCAGCGGUACGUCGUCUUCUUCGUUAAAAUCAUCUGAAGUUAUGUUAAAUUCUACAUUGCUUCGGACAAAACCAGCAUGUUUGUAACAGUUAAAAAUUGUUCCUUGCUUGAGUUGAGUCCAGGCAUCUUGAAUCAUUAGAAUAGCGUCAAGAACAGUGAUCUUCGGGCACUCAACACUACUGCAUCCGCCAUCUAGAAACUGGAUCAUUUUUAAAACAAGGUUUUUACGAAAAUGUGCUUUCAAAGCUCGAAUGAUCCCUUGAUCCAUGGGUUGCAACACUGAUGUCGUGUUUGGAGGCAGAAAUACUAGGGUUAUGCUUUUCAAUUCUGCAAUAUGGGGAUGUGCAGGACAGUUGUCAACUAAUAGCAGGAUUUUCUUAUUCUUUUUCGUAAGUUCACGAUCCCAUGCGCGUGCCCAUUUGGUAAAAAUGUCACCAGUCAUCCAGGAUUUUCAAUUACGAGAAGUUUUUUUUAGCUGUGCCACUCAUGUUGGCUGCCACCAUCACUGUUAUUCGCUCCUUUGAUAAUUUUCCUCCUGUACAUUUUUCACCUUUAAAUUUCAACGUCUUGUCUGGGGUUAAUUUAUAAAACUACCUGGUCUCAUCUGCAUUAAAAAUUUCAUCAUCACUAAAUUGAGCACGUAGAGUAGGCCAAACUUUUUCUAACCAAUCGUGUACAUCACUCUGUUGUACUGACAAAGACUCGCCAACAAUCUUUCCACUGACGAUGUUGUGUCUUACUUUGUGUCUAACUGUCUAGCAAAAAAAUUUGCUGUCUCUUGUAGCAGAGGUCCAUUAAGAGGUAUUCCCCGGUCGCGCUGAAGCUUAAACCACUGUAACAAUGCCUUAUCCAACUGCUCAUGAGUAGAAGUUCUUACACGUUUGCAUUUCAAAACAUUGGCAUUAAAUAACGGCUCGAUCUUGUAUUUAUUCUUCUUUAUUUUUGAUAUUGUAGAAUGAGAUACGCCAAAUUCCUUUGCGAGGGUCGCGUUUGAUUCACCAGCUCCUAAUAUGUGUAAUAUUGCACUCUUUUCUUCAAUUGUAAAACACUUUCUCUUUACAGAACUCAUUUUAUGGCGCUUUAUGAACUUGUCAUAACAGGUGACAAACACUAACUGCGUGCCAAUAAGGAGAAUUGAACGGCGAAGCGCGCGGGGAAAGUGAGGGGGCCGAGGUAUUGGUCAUUUGUUACCUAAAUUGAAACAAAAUACGGCGCGUCGUUUUAAACGGACGAAUUAUCGUAAAAAAUGGUCGCUAUAAACGGUUUGUCGCUCAAACCGGAGUCGCACUAAACGGUUACAUUUUCUCAGUAUCUAACUAUUAAACCGAACUUGAGUAAAAUAAUAUCGACGCUAAAAACGGUUAGUCGUUAUAAAUGAAUUCUACUGUAUGUAGAACUGAACAUAGCUUUCAAUCUCAAUGCAACUUGAAGCACAAUUGGAUACUUUUCUUUGGGGACUCAACGGCAGCCUGGUCUCUACCAAAAUAGAUUUUUAUAGUAAAAUUAGAGUCUUUCUCUAUUUAUUGUUGAGUCCUCCUUUUAUUCUUGAGUUUAGAUUUGUUGAAAGUAUCUUUAUUAUCACUUCUUUUUUAUUUUCUGAAGUUUUCUAGACGUUAAAUAACAAAAAUAUAGCAAAAAUUAAAUAUUAAUAAAUACGGAAAAUAGAUUAAAAACGACGUCAUUGCGGGAUCAACAGAAUUUUAUUUAAUGCUUGUACAUUUUGAUAAUAUUUUCCAAAAAACUUCCAAAUAAAUCAAUUUAAUAUUCUUGUUAUCGAAAUAAUUCUAUAUUUUAUAGAUCGUUUAGAACGAAAUAAAUUAUAUAUUUAAUACAUAUCAAGCUAUUUUUUUGUUCCGAUUCUACAUCGUCCUUUUUCUAAAUUAUGUUUAGUUGUCAUUGGCCAAAACAAAAAGGAAACAGAAUUUAGCUGUUGUUAAUUGAUAUUUGUGCCUUCUCUCGCGCCCAUAUGGGUCUAUUAUCAAUACGGUGAUAAAAACUAUUCAUAUUAUAUAAUCACGAAACAUACUCGUGUUUUGGCGAGUGGUAAUUGAAACUUCUACUUAAAUCUAAUGGAAUUUCAUUUAAUAGAUAAUUUUAGUAAGCACUAUCGUCGACAAUCGUCCUCUAGACCAAUAAAUCCUCUUAUAUUUUUUAUUUAUUUAUCAAUUAUCCUAAAAAUUUUCCAUCCUUAAUGCUAUUUUUCCAUUAUGUGAUUAGUCUGCCUCUCCCUAUUAAGUUGUUUGUAUAAUCGAUCGUAUUUAUUACAUUUUCUUCCAAUUAUUUGAUCAUUUUAUAAUUAUUCACUUUUAACCAUCCCAUCUUUCGUUCUAUUUGCAUAUUUAAUAAUAUUAAAUAAGAUUAUUGGAUAAUUGAAUAAUUUGAUUGGACUAAAUUUACAAAAACUUCAUAAAGUCAACUGGAAAACCAACCCUUUCAUCAUGAAAGGGUUUUUUUUCGUUCGGCACUGUAAAUAUAAUUUAAGUAAUAUUUUAUUUCCAGAUUGAUUAUAAUGCAAAAUGUAUAUUAAGUAGUAAUAAAAAUUAGUGGGUAUUACUGCACUAGUAACCGCUUUUACGGUAAGUUUCCAAGACAUGACGUAUUUUACAUCGUUGCCACGUUGCAAUAUUUUUCGUUGCUUAUUUAUAAGAAAAUAACCUUAAAUUGUAAAUGAAUUUUAUAUAUAUAUAUAUAUAUAUAUAUAUAUAUAUAUAUAUAUAUAUAUAUAAUCUUUAACAAAAAUCUGUGGGACUGUUGCAAUCAAACACUAAAGUGUACUCUUUUUAAUAUGUAUUCCAAGCUUUCGAAUAAGUACGUAUUCAUCAUCAGGGAAUUAAUUAAAAAAAGAACCUUCAAAAUGACAAUUAGACAUAAGGAAAAAGUGCCAAUAGUCGACACUUUGAGGAUUUAACUUUUACAAUUUGUCUGUAAAUCAUAAUAAAACAAAAUAUAAAUUAUGUCGUCUAUUACUUUGGGCGCAUUAACUAUUGAUUGAUGUUUCUGUCUGCAUUUCACGACAUUAUAUUUUUGAGUUUUUUGGUUUUUAAUUUUUUUUAUCAAAGUGUGCAAAUGUCAUAAAUGUCGACAUACAAAUUUCAGUGGAGCAUGUGGAGCUUUUCCUACAAUUAGAUCAAAUGAAAUUUGACAAAAUUUAUCAUUCGUUUCCCGCCUUUGAAUUCCAAUAAAAAAAGUCUCCUAGCUUGAGAUCCUUCGGUUUGUCAAUUUUUUAGAUUUCUUCCUCAUCCUUACAUUCAGUUUCCCAUCGAGAUUCGUCAGAUUUCCUAAAUGACAUCAUUUUCAUCAACUUCGCUUCUUUAAUUUUUGACUUUAAAUUUUUCAGUAGCUUUUUCUUUUCUUUUAAUUUCUUUCAUUCUUCCUUUAAUAUUUGCGCUUCUUUUUUCUUUAUUUCUUUCUUUUUGGGCACACCAUCAACCUUUCCUGGUUUUGUGUUUGGGAAAAAUGCUGUUUUUUUAGUGUGUCGACAAUUGGAGACUGUCGGAAAUUGGUACAUUUACUUUAGGUCUCCCUUUUAACCAUACCUUAUUGUCAUUUUGAUGGUUGUUGUAAUUAGUUAUUUGAAAGCUUGAAAUACAUAUUAAAAAGAGUUCCAUGGCAACAGUCUCGUAAUAAUAACGUUUAUAAAUUAGUUGGCAAAGACUUCAGUGCUACACACAGGCCAUCUAGGCGUGGUAAUACUUUUCCUCCACUCUUUCCCAUUUCUUGUAUUCGCCUUUCAGUCUCGAACUCCUUCCCCCAUUAGAUCUCUUGUGCCUCCGCAUCUCUUCUUCUAGACCUAAUAAUUUUACGAAUUUCUUGUUCAUGUAUGUUUCCCUACAUUUUUCCUCAUAAUAUCCUUCUAAGUAAUUUCCUCUUCCAUAUAUAUAAUUCGUUGUCUUCUAUCUAAACGGGAAGGAAUGUCCCACUAUUAUAGUGACUACAAUCGAUCCAGAUACCUCGUAUAGAUUGCGCAUGCUUGAGGAAUACCUCGUACAGGUUGAGGAUGCGCAGAACAGAGCUGGAACCUCAGGAUAGAGAAAUCGUUGCCAUUCUGUCUUCCUUAGUCGAAACAGCUUCCAUUUAUGGAAACUUUCCAUAUAGGAGUAUCACAUAUAUGUGAAAAAUAAAUAAAAAUGACCUACACAAGAAAUUUUACCACAAUAAUCUGAUUUUGACAACAAUAAAUUCUGCAACGCCGAGGCCUGAUACCACACGGCUGCCAACGUUUAAUAUUUAUUUUUCCCUAAUACACGAGUAUUGCUUUUAUUUACACUUUCCAUAUUUAGUAGUUGUUAUUGUCAAAUUUGAAAACUUUAUGUAAGAGCUCUUUAAAUAUAUUUAUUUCUUGUAGAAAUAGUACUUUCAUUUAGUUUAUAUAUUGAUAAUUUUCAGGCAAAAGUUAAUAAACAUGGAAAUAUAAGUUAGAAUAAUUUUUUUAAGGUAUAAUCUGAUUUGUUUGCCAGAAACUGCCGAUUGAUUAAAAGAUCCUAUCUAUAAUAUAAAGAUGGUUAGUUUCAUACUAUAUUUGAAGUAAUUCUAUAAAUUUUUAGUAUUAAUAUUUUCUUUUCAUUAAGUGCAUUAAUACAAAUUUAGUCCAAUCUCUAUGUAAAUUUGUUAAAUUCUGUAUUUUGUCAUUAAUUUCGAUUUUAAAUAUGUUCUUGUUUCUUCAAACUUUAUUGACUGAAAAAUAUCAGGAGUCAUUAAAUAUUUUUUGGAAA